AUCGAGUCUACCGAUAGGAUUGAGGAAGAGUGGUUUUCACAACAAAGACAAACUCAGUAUACCACAUCAGUUACACAAGACAUCCACAUAUCAGAGAUCAAGCCCAAUGAGAUUUGUUGCAAUUUCACCUCAAAUCCAGUCGAAAGUGCUGUUUUCAGCGACAUUGUGUCACGAAUACCACCCCAUUCAAGGCAAAAGAGCCCAAGAAUAGUACAAAUGGGCUCGACAUGGGUUGAACAUAGGGUUUUUGGCCUGAGCAUGCAAGUGUAUGGCCGGGUCAAUAAGUACAUGAUCAAUAUGUUGGGAAAAGCAGUAAUGGCCGAGCAAACCGAAAAGGAUAGGCUCAAUCUUCUCCCGCGAAGUUACUGGUCAAGAUACUAUGUCGAAUGCGACACUACUAAAUUAUUCCAAAAUGCAUUUGAAACUCCAUUGGCGUUAUCUGUUCACCUGAGGGAGACAAUGAUAGGAUUCCAUCUUGACCGAAUUCACAUGGUGUUUUUACCUUUAAGCUCAUACAGUUUCUGGUACACGGUUGUUGCUAACUUUAGGAAGAAAUUGUUCGAAGUCCUCUGCCCAAACAACAGAAUCGACUUGAUUGCUGACGAAGCUCAGCUUGUAAUCAAGAAUUUCAAAGCGGCUUUCAAGCUGGCAUACAAGAGAUCACAACUAAAUGUGACUGACAUGGGUGUGUCUUUCCGGAGUGUGUGCUCUUCAACUAAAGAGGCAGAUAGUGGGAUCUUCACAAUGAAGUUGGUACAAGGACAUGAUGGAGACAACACUUUGUGUUUCGAACCCGAGCAUGCAAAGAGCCUGCGCGAGAGUCUAACUUACUACAUGGUUGCUCACCCUUGCAAUGAAAAACUGAUGCCAGAAACCAAAGAAAUCUUAAGAAAAUAUGGUGUUCCAUUUGACUACUCGACUCCAGGGUAUUCUCCAUGGGGUCCUGUUGCAGAACAAUGUUAACUACAUCUGGCUGGAAAAGAUCAUCCCAACAGGACUAAAUCACGACCCUAAGCUCCCGGAGGAUCACCCAAGGAUGGCAAAAUGCCGUACACAUGAGAAUGACUCAUCGAUAAGAGGAUUAUUUUUGGCGAAAUACUAUUUUUUUUUUAAUUUUUUUUUUGCUUUUUAGUAUAGAAAACACAUACAUUCUUAUAUAUCCUUUUUUUGGAUAGUGAUGACAUUUUUGUCCAACGCAAGUUCUUGAUCUUUUUGUUCAGAUACAAAUUAAUUGGCAACACCGUCCUGUGGGUCCUUGAGCGGAUCCCACAUUAGCUCCAAGACGCUGGUCUCUAACUAGGAAAGUAAAUGCUUGAGCUUGAGAAGCUUCUUGCCCGGUGGGUCCAUAAAACUCACUCGGAUAAGCUGUAUUAUUGAACCAUACAAAACAACAAGCGAUAAAACCAAAGACAGAUAAAGCAGCUAAACUAUAAGACAAGUAAGCUUCUCCAGACCAUACAAAUGCACGGCGAGCCCAUGCGAAGGGUU